GUGGAGCUGGAGAUGGCGUGUUAAUAUGGGGCAGCCACUGUCGCCACAGGCUAUCGAGCUCAGCCACGAAAUGACAUCAGCGAUGAUGCAGAAGGUCCCCCCCCAGACACACUCGCAACAGAUGGCGGCUGCGACGGAGAGAUGCCAAGUUGGCUAAGCCACUCAAACCGUCCACAGCAGCCACGGACGCGUGUGCAGGAAACGGAAUCUUGCGUUGGCAUCAAUGUCAAACCCGUAGGACGACCUGAAAUCCGAAACAAGAAAAGAAGAAAAAAGGCCAACCGCCGGCCCAAUUCUCGCCAUUUGUUCUCCUCUCCCUUACCCCGACCUUAGCAGCAAUCUUUCCCAGAACCUCAGCUACCUUAUUUCCCGCCCCACACCAUUUCCCCCCGUAUCAUCAUUUCUCUCGACAGUCUUCCACAUCAAGCAGGUCAAUCACAUAAUGAGCGACAUUAACAGCAAGCAGCCGGUCAAUCCGGCUGUCGCCCAGCAAGAACAAUUCUUUCCACCCCCGCCGGGUCCGCCGCCUCCAGCAGCAGCGCACCCGCCUCUCGCAGCAGCGCACCACUCUCCGCAGGCCCCUCCUCAUCCUCCUCGACCUCAAGUCCCUCACCACCCAGACGAGACCCCGAUCCCCGAAUAUGACAUCCCUCUGUAUGACCCCGCGCAGGCCAACGAUAUCUACGGUGCCACGCCGAUCGGCGAGCAUCCGCCGCCAUUCCCCUCGCCAGGCAACGGCGGUACUGGCACCCCCAAGGCAAGCUGGGGCAGCAAGCUUUCCGGCUGGGGCUCCAAAGCAGCCGCCCCGCUCAACGCCCUGGCCAACAAAAUCGGAGCAGAGGCGUUUCUGCCCACGACGCUGGACAAGGAGGCCGAAAAGGCAGCGCGGAUAUUGAAGAGCUUUUGCAAAGAUGGCAUCUACAGCGAUGCUGCGCCGCCAACACCCCCCGCCCAGACGACGGGCCCGACCGAACCCCCCACCACCUCGUACCCCUCGCCGCCCACCACUGCGACCGAGAAGGCCAGCAGCGACGUGGCCAAGGGCAAGAAGCCGCGCGUGCUCCUGACGAUUCCCUCCAAGGUGAUCGCGCGCGCGCAGGGCCUGGCCAUUUUCACGACGGUGCGCGCGGGGUUCCACGUGGCGGGCGCUAGCGGCUCUGGCAUCCUCGUGGCGCGGCUGCCGGACGGGAGCUGGUCGCCGCCGAGCGGCAUCCAGGUGCACAGCAUCGGGGCGGGCCUCGUCAUUGGGCUAGAUAUCUACGACUGCGUCGUCGUGAUCAACUCGCGGGAGGCGCUCGAGGCCUUCACGUCGACGCGCAUGAGCCUGGGCUCGGACUUGGCUGUCACAGCUGGACCGUGGGGCGCUGGCGGGGCUUUGGACUGGGGCGUCCCGCAGAAGAGCAAGACAGCCGCAGCGGGCGGCGGCGUGGCCACCGCUGACGGCAGCAGCAGCAAGGAAAACCCAACCGUCUUCGCUCAGCCGCCUACCCAGCCCGAGGUCACGACAGGCCUAAACACAGCUCCCGCACCGAUCGUGUCAAGUUCUGAUCCCACACGCCCCGCCGGGUCGACCGAGGGGAGCAAGCUCCGCAAGCCGAGCCCGUUCCGCGAGGCGCUCAAGAAGCCCGUGUACAGCUACGUCAAGUCGCGCGGCUUCUACGCAGGCGUCCAGAUCGACGGUACGGUGGUGACGGAGCGCAAGGAGGCCAACGCGGCCUUCUACGGCGCGCCCGUCUCGGUCGCUAACAUCCUCAAGGGCGAGAUCCCCGCCAGCAGCCCGGCUGGCGCGUGGCCCGCCGCCACGAGAGGCCUAUACGAUGUGCUGAAGGGCGCCGAGGGUUGGCACGGCCAGUCCGGCUACGCAGGCCAGCACGCACCGGGCGUGAAUGUUGGUCCUGGCGUGGCCACGGGGCCCGGCGUGGUGGGAGCUUCCGGGGUUUCCGGAGCCACCGCUGGCAUGCGAGACCUGCACGUCGGCGGCGGCGGCGGCAGCAGCAGCAGCAGCAGCAGCAAUGCCGGGCCUUCGGCUACGCAUGACACCGCACCGCCGUCCGCGGCAGCCAACGCCAAGGCCGCCGAAGCCGCCACCGAGGCAGCCCAUGCGGAACCGUUCAAUACCGCGCCUCCGGCAUACUCUGAGCCGAUGCACGGAGGGGACCUGCCGCCCGCCUAUGUCGAUGAUGGGGUGCCCCGCCCGGGCAACCCAGACUCUAAGACUGGGCAGCACUGAGGAAGCGCGUUGGCCGGAUCACGAACGAGAUGUUGGGUAGUAGAAGCAGGGCAGAUUGGUAGAAGCAGGGCAGAUUGGCAUUAGCAGGCGUUUUCGACAGUUUCGGGAGCAACGGCAGUGACGAGGGAGAUGAGACCCCUAUGACAGGAUAGCAUUAAUACUCUCGAUCGAGUGGUAGGAAAUUGAUUAGAGACACGAUGACAUUGCGAUAGCUCUGAACAAAACACAUUGUUAAGCUUG